CAUGCAUAUUUACAAUAAUUCGACCGCCUUCGUACACGACUGCUCUCAAUUCUUUGAAUUUCCGUCUAGCCCUUGAUUACGCGAUCAAUCAUCAAUAAUUGCGUGACGUGACGUCGUCAUCGCAACACUUGAAACGCUCGAAACAAAAACUGUAGCACAGUCAAAGUCAGUCAGUUAUCAUUCGCCUAGUCAUGCGUUCGUUAGAUUCCUCGCUGUAAUCGUAGCGCUUGUCUGUCUCGGCAAGGUAUUUGCCGACGACGAUGGCGAUGUCUACACAAUUAGGUACAAUGUCGACAACUUCGACGAGGAAAUCGGCAAGCAGAAUCACUUCGUCAUGUUUUAUGCGCCUUGGUGUGGACAUUGUAAACGCCUGCAUCCCACAUGGGAAGAGCUCGCUGAGAUGCUCAACCAAGAAGAAAGCAACGUAAAAAUCGCAAAAGUGGACUGCACCACCGAUGGUGACGUCUGCAACGCACAGGACGUCACUGGUUACCCCACACUGAAGUUCUUCAAACUCGGCAGCGAGGAAGGCAUCAAAUUCAGAGGCACUAGAGACCUGCCGUCGCUUACUACGUUUAUCACUGAACAAGUCAGUCUAACACUCGACGGCGAGCAAGAAGCGAAAAUUCCCGUGGAAGCCGGCCUCACCGAGCUGACCGAAGAUACAUUCGAGCAGCACGUCGCCAGUGGCAAACAUUUUGUCAAGUUUUACGCACCAUGGUGCGGGCAUUGCCAGAGAUUAGCGCCAGUGUGGGAUGAACUCGGUAAGAAUCUUGGAAGUAUUGACAAUGUGCGCAUUUCUAAAAUCGACUGCACACAACAUAAGAAUGUAUGCAACCAAUUUGACAUCAAGGGAUACCCGACGUUGUUAUGGAUUGAAGAUGGCCGCAAAAUUGAAAAAUAUCAAGGACAACGCGCUCUUGAUGAUCUCGUUAGUUACGCGUCGAAA